AUGGCUGAGCCCAUCCCAUCACCUCGCCGGUGGUCUCCCACCUACGUACCCCGGAGGCGAAGCAGACAGAUGACAUCGCUAUCAUUCGUACCGCCACCAGUGAUGCAGCACAUAGAGUCGCAUGACGCUUCGAGCUCCAUAUCACGGCGUCCAGUAGACCGGGGGCCAGCUUGCGUGUCACCUUUCCGCUCGGUUCGAAAAAUGAAAGAGCCGUUUCAACUGAGGCUUCCGACCUCUCCUGUGUCUGUCGAUGGCCCUCCCCCCAACUUUCCUGAAAAGCAGAGCCAGCCUUUGAAGGCCACAGGCGAUCACACUUUACGAACAUGGCGCUCACACCAACACCUUGGUUGUGGCAGCUUAGAAGCAUUCGGUCUUUUGCCCAGCCCGCCAUUAUCAGAAUCGCGUCCCGCAAGUACGGGUCCUGAGAUAUCUUAUUUUGAUUCUCAGUCCUCAGAUGGGUCAUGUCGAUCAACCGAGGGAAAUGACGAGAAGAGCGAAUACAGGACCAAACAACCCGAUAUUUCUACAACAAUUACAACGCUAGAAUUCGGGGAAAGGAUACAGUACACAGCGUAUCGUCCCCCAGAUUGGAAAAAUCAAGCACGAACCGACGUGAUCAAUGUUCACGAAGCUCACUCACAGUUUGUACGCCAGUGCAAGUCUGGCAAUACCCAGCAGCCACAACCCCAAUCUCCAAAAAGAUUUGCACCACCACAAGCUUCACCCAAGCCAUUGGAAAUCGAGAAAGGCCUCGCUUCAGGGAUCUCACCCAGACCCCAACGCCCUCGGACUGGGACUGUUACGAGCGAAUCUAGCUGGGUGCCCAGCAACUUCUCAUAUUGUGAAAGAUGGCUGCAAGGUGUGCCAGUUGACAAGAUAAAUGACCAAACGCCAUCUACAAAGGAGUUCACCAAUCGGCGCAAGUUCCAGAUCGUGGAGAAUGAUCCCCCAAUGCCACAACUGGAUAUCAUCCCGGGAGGGAAAGCCCUCGAAGAACCUGUGGCAAGUUUCCUACUUUGUGACUGUGAUGUACUAUUCAAAGCUGACUCCGUAAUAGAGAUUCGUCGUUGCUAG